AUGAGUGUCGUGCCAACCCAAGAUUUCAAAACUAGUGUAUCAACAAAUUCUCAAAAUAAGCCUUCGUCAUCCGUUGUCUCAGCGCUUCCAGAUACGUUCAGAUGUCAAGACGGAGGCGCCACGCCUCUCAGUACCCAAACAAACGGGAAGCAUCCAUUGGAGAGCAAGCUAAAAAAUUGGGAUCAGACCCAACGGAACAGGGACCUCGAACAAUAUCGCCGCGUCUUUGGAAUUGCCGAACCUAUGAAACGCGAGAUGGAACUGGCAAUUGUGCAGAACACCGACUUCAACCCCCUUUCAGAGCGUGCUGGAUCGGGUUUGCACCAAGACAUCCUACUGAACCGCGAGGCCUGUGUUGACUGGGAAGACGUGUAUCCCGGCUCGGGGAUCAUCGGUGGGGUAUCAAUGGGCAUGGACGUCCACGGCUCAAUCGAAAAAUCAUUGGGCAUUUAA